GUUUUGAAGGCCAAAUGAAAAACUGAAAUGAUAAAGAAUUGACAAACGGAGAAUUCACCUUCAAUGGACGAUCUAAAAGCGGUAUGGAGCCUGAAGAGAUCGAAAAUGAUACAGCCAAUAGGCUUGUUAAUACCUCUGAGUCUUCAGAAAUCGAAAAAGUUCAAGGAUUUGACCCCAGUAGAAUGAUUAUGUUAACACCUUCAUACUCUCUUGAUAGUCGUGAAAGGAAAACUAAUAAUCGCACUCCAGAGAAGACUAUUAAAAGAUUCCCUAAUCCUGAGAGCAAGACUCUACAGAAGAAUAAGAUGACUAGACAUAAAAGAUCAUCAACGACUAUUCAUAAUACUCCUCAGAGCCAUUUUCCAGGAAGAUCUGACAAAAGUGAGCCUUCUACUGAAGAAUUCUAUUUCAAAAAUAAAAUUCAAGAGCUAGAUAGCGACUUGCACUCCAAAGAAGCAGAGCUAGCCGAUCUAAACAUCAGCUACAACAGACUUUGCUCCUACAUGUCUCAGCAUGAUACACUAAAAGCCUCCAACAGAUCCCUAAAACUAAAACUAAAAACCCUCCAAGAGAAAGAAACCACUCUAAAAUCCCUCCAAGCCUCCUACACCAAACUUAAAAAGGACCACAACACCCUAAAAUCCACUUACAAGACCCUCUCUGAGGAAGCCACCCACCUUAAACUGACUCUCGCCAAAACAAAAACUCCUCAGAACCACCUCAAUAGAAUUAAACAACUGGAGACAAGCCUGAGAAGAGCCAAGGCUGAGAUAGAGAAGUACAAGAGUACAUUAUUGAAGAAGGAAAAGGAAAUCCAGGCUAGUUUAAGGAACAGGAAAGAGAAUUGUAGUAAAGUGAGUAAUAAAGCGUCUGUUGAGAAGGUAGAUACGGCUAAGAAAGUGUCAGUAGUUGAAGAAAAAUCAUGAAAGAGAAAUCUUAAGAAGGAAUUUGAGGAAUUCUCUAGUGGAAUGGAUGCAGCUCCGCUCACACUAAAUUGAGAGGAAUUUGAUUACAAAACUGAAGAAGCUCUUACCAAAGAGUUAACCAUUCUACAGAAAAGUUACGAAGAGCUAAAGGAGGAAUUUGAAAACCAAAGGAUAGAGCUGGAGGAAACAAGGUCCUGCUUAUCCUCUUGAGAGGAAGAGAUGAAAUUAGUCAUUAAGGAAAUCCAAACCCAAAAAGAAAUCAACCAAAAAAUUAUGAACGUCAACCAUAUGGAAAACGCCAAGCUUGAGGAAGCUUCAAAGAACUUGAAGUCUACAAAGGAUGAUAACAAACUCCUCAGUUCAGCUAAGAAAUCUCUUGAGGGGAAAGUUAGGCAUCUUCAAAACGAAAAUAAUCGGCUAGAGAAGGACCUGAACAAGGCUCGAGCUUCUACUAAGGAAUACAGUGAUAAGCUUCAGAAGAAGACCAUUCAGUAUAAUGAUCUUAGUUCAAAGAUGAAAACCCUCUCAUUCCAGAAUAGGAAUAUUAACACUGAGAGAAGAAAAUCCCAUCUUUUCAUUGUUGAUAAUGAUGAAGAAAUUAAAGGAAUCGAGCUGGAUGACACUUUCUCAGUUACACAUACCGAUAACUCGAAGGAAGAACUUGAGCACCAACUAGAGAGGCUCGUUAAGGAGAAUAAAGAGCUUCAACAUAAAUUGUCUCAAAUGACUAAGGAGCAAGAAUCUUUUAAUUCUUCCAGAAUCAUUGAGAAGUUACAAGAAAGUGAAAAUUCAGAAAUUUCAAACAAGGUCUUAUUAAGCAUGAAGAAGGAGUUAUCUGAAUCAAAGACAAUCAGAGAUUGUCAGAAACAGAUGAUUUUGAAAUUACAAAUUGAUAAUGAAAUGUUGCAAUUACAAAUAAGUCAGUUGAACUUAAAAGAAGAAGAUGUAUCAACUCCUACAGAAUUGUCUAAAUCUGGGGCUACGGAUUAUGCAGUCCAGGUAGAUGAUCCUGAGAAAACUGUAAUGACACAGAAACUCUUAGAGUACCAACAGAAGGAGGGCUAUAUCUCGCAUCUUGAGGCACAAAACAAGACCCUGCAAAGUCAGGUUGAGGAGUUACAGACAAAAGCUAGAGUAUGCAUUGAAGAGGAAAAGCGGUUUGACUUUCUCAAUUUUGACAACCAAGAUACCGAUGAAGAACAAUCUAGUGAAGGCGAGCUAGACAAGGUUGAUGUUUGACAGCAAUAUCUUCAAGAAGUUGAGAAAGAUAUGAUAGGACUUAGGAAGAAGUAUAAACUCGUGAAGAAAGGUCUAGUGAAAAGGACUGGUGAUACUCCAGACGCACAUACUGUUCAAAGCGAGCACGAGAACGCUCAAAAUUGAAUCAUUUUCUAAACUUUCCAUUAGAGAGAUACGUCCAUGUUCUACAGUGUAAAAUUUCAAUUUC